GUCGUAUGGACCGCACCCAUGUGUAGAACCUGGCGAGCAGCUGUCUUCCUAUCAUUUCUGACCCUCAGCUUGGCUGGCAAGAAAGUCUCUGUCAAAGAAGUGGUCUUCGAUAGUGCGGUCUCCGACAUCCAGUGGCUGGGAGAAGAUCGAAAGACGGUCAUCACCCAGACGGCCAAAGGGCGCCUCUAUCGAAGUACCAAUGGUGGAGAGACUUGGAACGACAUCACCGACUUCUUCAAGGUUGAUGUGCCUGGUUCAUCACCGCAACCCUUCGUUGCGGAAUCCAUGACCAAGAGUCCGGCGGAUCCCAAUACCAUCUUGGUGUCAGGCAACCGGAAAACCAACUUCAUCUCCAGUUCCAGGGGUUCAUCUUGGAAGAAGUUGCGACAGAAGUCCCAGAUCCACACGGUGAUCUUCCACAAGACGCGCCCCACCUGGCUCCUCUUGUCUACCUGGACCAGUACUUGCAACAAGAAAAAGGAUAGCAAUUCUGCGCCCGAACCACCUGAAGAUGGUGGUGGGCCUUGCAAUCAUCAGUUGUUCCUGUCGAAAGACUUGGGCAAGACCUUUUCUCUAGUGCAGAAUUACGUGGUGCAAUUCAGCUGGGGUGACCCUACGAUGAAUCAACAGGAUCGGAUCUACUUCACCCACUUUAGGAAGAAGACUGGAGACCAACCAAAGCUUUACAUUUGGUCCAGUGAUGUAGACUUCGCCUACAUGGACGCCGACGUGAAGUUUUGGGGUAGUCCUGUGACCAUGGUGGCGCUGGGAAACAAGUUUCUGGUGUCGCACAAGUUCAUUUUCGUCGCCAAAGUGAAAGAUGUGGCAGCACAGACGGUGAUGCUCAUGGUGAGUGCAGAUGGUGGGCGAACCUUCAAUGCUGCACAGCUGCCCACGGAAAUCGACGAAAAGUCCUAUACGGUGCUGGACACCUCUGAGGGCUUAGUGAUGCUCCAUGUGAAUCAUGGGGCGAAAGAGGCACAAGUCGGCAACGUCUACAUCUCUGAUGACAAAGGUUAUAGAUUUACUCUCUCGCUCCCCAACAACGUGCGGGGUACCAACGGCGACUGUGAAUUUGACAAGGUCUUAAGCCUUGAGGGAGUCUAUAUGGCCAACUUCAAGGAGACCAAGAGUAGCGACACCAGCGGAGGGGUCGAUGACAAAACCAAGGAAGCCGCUGAGGAAAGCCAGGCCUUGGAGGAAGAGACCAAGAGCGGAACGGAGGUUGACAAGCGCAGAGCCCCCAAGUCCAAAGCCAAAGAGGAGAGUGUCGUUCGGACGGUCAUCUCCUUCGACAAGGGUGGUGCUUGGUCAUAUCUCAAACCGCCCCGGGUGGAUUCCACAGGGAAACAGAUUGAAUGUCCUCCCGAUAAGUGCUGGCUUCAUUUACAUGGAAUCACCAACUUCCACAACUAUGCGCCCUUCUAUUCCACGGAGAAUGCCAUUGGAAUCAUCAUGGGCACUGGCAAUGUGGGGCCAUCGCUGCGCUUUGAGCCUGACCAGACCAAUACCUACAUCUCUCGAAAUGGUGGUUUGACCUGGAUGGAAGCACAUAAAGGCGCCUUCAUCUACGAAUACGGCGAUCAUGGUGGCCUGGUCGUCAUGGCUGACGAUGUGAGGAAGACCAAGUUGGUGGUUUUCUCCUGGAAUGAGGGACAAAGUUGGUACGACUUCGAACUCUCGUCGAUGCCAGUUGAGGUGGACAACAUCGUGACGGAGCCCAACGCCACCUCCACCAAGUUCCUCCUCUAUGGGACCAGAGGAGAUACGGGAGUGAUGUACCACCUAGAUUUUGAGAGCCUGGGGCAAGCCCUGUGCAAGGGAGUGUGGGCAGCUGAUUCGGUGUCCUCGGACUAUGAGAUGUGGAGCCCAUCCGAUGGCAAAAACACGGAAAAGUGCCUCAUGGGCAAACAGGUGACUUACACUCGCCGCAAGCAAACCUCGGAGUGCUUCAACGGGGAAAAAUUUGAGCGACCUGUGAGUCGGAAGAAUUGCGAGUGUACCCAAGAAGACUUCGAAUGCGAAGUAGGCUUCACCCGACCAGUGGGGUCAACGGAAUGCCGCUUCGCAGACGAUGGCAGUAUCAAGAUUCCCUUGAGCUGCGCUAGAAACGACCACUUCUUUGCGACUGGCUACCGCAAAGUGGUGGGCGAUACUUGUGAAGGUGGAUGGCAACCACAACAGGUGUCCGUCGCUUGUCCAGCGAAGCCCAUGAGCAAAGGUGCCUGGUCCGUUUUGGGCGCCUUGGGGAUGUUGGCGGUGGUGCUGGCGGCGGUGAACAUGCUGUCGCAGAACGAUCGCGUGAAGGGUAUCUUUGCCAAUUACGGCUUUGAAUCCUUCGGCGCGGUGCGCUAUGCCAAUAUUGGCUCCAAAGCUCCCGAGUCAGCCCUGGAUAGCGUCGGCACACGCUUUGAUGCGGAUUUCAUCGAGGGGGAUCAGGACGACUUCGAUGCUCCGCAGCUCAUGAACUACACCAAUGAUAGGGAUAGGGACUCACGAGAUCGAGAUCGUGACAGAGAUUCCAGAGAUAGAGAAGAGACCCGGAGAUCUGCACUGGACACAGCGUCUGAAGCAGUGCCCAGAUUAGCGAGACCUCCGGGAGGUGGCCCCAAGGAGGAGGACGUCGAUCUCCUCUGAGGUGGCCGGAUGUCGCCAGUUUAAUGACUGUCCCAGAAAGGGAAUCGGUGUGAUGCGGCGUAGACGCCUGCGGCAGAAGGGGCACAGCCUCAGGCAAUAACAAAAG